GUUUCCACACCCAAAUGCAUCACCAACUCCAUUGCGGUGUAAAAUCUGAAUAACGCUUGAAUCAAGACAACCAGUCGGUCCGGUCAGCCUUGGCCAUGGAAUCAAAUGGCCAAGCAUCAUACUGAAUUUCUGUAGGUUUAGGAUGUACGGUAUAACAUAAACGCAUAAUAACAGUAGCCACCUUGUAAUUUCCUAAGGCAAGGUCAAUUCGAAUUCGAUUGUAUUUGGAAAUGACUACAUUUUUUCAAUUCACUGCGACAUAACAACAUCACAAGACCAGGUGAUUUUUUUUUUGUAGUGGACCACCUCUACAAGUCCACAGUGUUUUUGAUCGAUUAUUUAUAGUGAAAUAUCGAGUGGACACCAUCAUAAAAAAUGCCGGUUGAACGAACAGAGCCCACUUCACCUUUAACGGAUGAACAACAAAAGGAUUGUAUUCUUAGACUGAGACAGAUGCUGAAAACAUUUUCAGAUGAAAAACAUUUGAAAAACAUCUGCACACAAGAUUCCUAUUUGAAACGAUAUCUAUAUGGGACACAUUUCAAUGUAGAGGAAGCGUUCAAAAAGAUGGUGGCUGGGAUAGAACUCCUAGUAGAACAUCCUGAUUGGUACAAAAAAGAAGGUCCCAAAGAUCAAGAACUUUUAGAUUUAGAUGUCCGAGUGGUACUCCCAGAUUGUGAUAAGGAGGGUAGACCUAUCUACGUUAUAAAAUCAGAAAAUAUCGACGUUAACAAGGUGAGCAUGUACGAUGUCAUAGCCCUAGACGACAUUUGGCUGGAAGCCAUUUUGAACGGCAACCCAAAAUUAGCGGAAAAAGGUCUGUGCGUCAUCAUGGACAUGCACAACACCCCGUGGAAAAUCAUGAAAUGGCUGCGACCGGAAAACGUGAACAUUUCCUCGAGGAAAACGGAAAGUUUGCCAUUCAAAGACGUCAAAGUUCACAUAGUCAACAACACUUUUUUCAUGAAUACGAUCAUCAAGAUGGUGUGGCCUUUUUUGCCCGAAAAAAUCAAGAAAAUGGUUAUAUUUCAUUUCAACAGUUUUGAUGUCCUGUACGAUCACAUUGACCAGAAAGUCCUUCCGUUAGAGUACGGUGGUUUCAAAAAAAUUGUUUAUGCUGACCUGUACAAGCAGCUUCGUGAUAGGAAUGACGAAAUAAUUGAAAGUUUCAACAUGUACAGAAACGUUGAAAAAUAUUAAAAAUUGUACUUACCAUGUACUCAAAACUAGAAUUAGAAUUGUUAUUCUACAAAAUAUUAAGUCAUU